AACCACCAAGCAAACGAAAAGAUAGCAAGCAAAGAAACGGAGGUCGUCAGAAGUCAUGACAUGGAAACCCUCCCCCCGAGAGUCAUCCACUAUGAGCCAUGCACCCCUCGCUACGAAACACCUGGACGCCCGCCGUCAACGUCGUGACAUGGUUUCUCCUGGCCACGGCCAUUCUCAGCGUUCUGACGCGGUUGGGAACCAAAUACUGGAUCUUUCGGAAGUGGACCGUCGAUGAUGGGCUGGCACUGGGUUCCUUGAUCUUCUGCGCUGGCCAGUCUCUCGCCGUCUCCAUGGCCACCGCCAAUGGAUACGGCCAGCGGUUUGAUACGCUGCCCGCGACGGGCAUCGACAGGAUGAUGAAGUCGCAAUAUGCCGCAACCCUCCUCUGCAUCCCGAGUAUGGGCCUGUCCAAGCUGGCCCUCAUCCGUUUCGUGCAAGACCUGACGCCCGCUGCCCCCGACCGUCGCGUCGCCGUUUGGCUCCACGUCUUGGUCGUCGUCUGGGCUGCUGUUGGGGUCAUCUCUGCCGCCUUGCAGUGCCGUGUGCCCCGUCCUUGGGACUACAUCUACGGGGAGUGCUUUGAUCGGAUGGCCUGGUGGCAGUACCUGGGAGCCAGCAACAUCCUCUCCGAGGGAGGCAUCAUCGCGCAGGCGAUGAUGGUAAUCGUCAAGAUCCAGACCCAUGGGAGGAAAAAAGCUGUUCUGGGGACUGUGUUUGCGCUGCGUAUUGUGGUCAUCGUCGCCAUCCUUAUCCAACUGAUUUACGCAUCCAAAACCGCCCAUAGCACGGACGUGACCUUUGACACCUGGCCCGUCGCGGUCGCCACGCAAUUGACCCAGUGUCUCAGCAUUGUGACAGCGUGUUCGCCGCAGUUCAAGCCCUUCCUCGACAGCCUCCGAUCGACGGGAAUGAGCUUGGAGGGAAAAUCCCGCUAUGGAAGCUCGCAGAAGGGCUAUGGCUCCCAGACCUCCGCCCGUUUCCGUCGCGGCAUCUCCCAGAGUGAGGCCCAUGAGCUGAUGCCACUCCCGCUGCGAGGGACCAGCCAGACUAUCGUGUCGACGGCGGGGAUCUCGCCCGACUCCGACGCAGAGAGCCAAGGAAGCCAGUCCCGGAUCAUUCGGGAAGUGCGAACCUGGACGAUCACCGAGGCCCCGGCGGGUAAAUAGAAGAAUGCUGGAAGACUCUGCAUGGGGUUGGGUUGGCAUUGGAGGGUGGUCUGAUGGACAACUAAUUUCCUGAUAUUGCGGCGCAGAGUGAUUGUAGAUUAAUAGCCACAGGGAUGGCAAUAUUAUUUCCAACAGAAGUUGAGCGACAUCAGUCCAUAGGGUCGUCGGAGAGGCCACCAAGGAGGAUAUUGGGCAAACGACGAGCGUCC